CAAUAUUCACGUAUAUUUCUUCCCCAACAUCUUCAUCCCCUCUAAAUACUCCGGCCACUUCAACACUUGUUAUUACUUUCUGUACAAGAUUGAAGGUUAAUUAGAGCAGCACGAGCAAGCAUAUUCGCGAAAACGGCGCUGAAUUUUGUAAACCGUGGAAAAAAAAUAAAAAAAUAAAAUGGAGCUCGCUUCUUCCCCUCUCAACGCAUACUACGCCGUCGUUUUACCUGCACGAGCCCACGCCACCGCUUCCAGAAACUUCUCUCUAUCUCUCCCCUUCAGGAGUAAUUUUCCCAGAAUUCAUCCACGUAUUUCGGCUUCUAAAUCCAUGGGAUUUAUCCUGCCACGUGAGGCAAUUGGGUUGCGUAGUUCGUCUCUUUCUGCUAGUCUCGGUAAUACGACAGCUGCGACGAAUGAAUCGGAUCAAGAACUUAAGGAAGACGAUAGUGAACAAUUCGAUGAUCGUAAAAUGGUUCGCAUUUGCAACAAACUAAUUGAGGUAUUUACGGUGGAUAAGCCGACGCCAUCCGAUUGGAGAAGGUUAUUAACUUUUAGCAGAGAAUGGGACACUAUUCGACCACAUUUCUUUAAGCGAUGCCAGAACAAAGCCGAUAACGAAAGCGAUCCCGGAAAAAAGCAUAAUCUACUUCGUCUUUCGAGGAAACUGAAACAGAUUGAUGAAGAUAUUCAAAGGCACGACGAACUCCUUAAUGCUGUAAGAAAAUCACCGUCUGAGGCUGGGGAAAUUGUAGCCAGGCGUCGUAAAGACUUCACGAAGGAGUUUUUUGUUCAUCUUCAUACUGUGGCAGAAUCGUACUAUGACAAUCCAACCGAACAAAAUGCUGUGGCAAAGCUUGGGAAUACGUGUUUAGCAGCUGUACAGGCAUAUGAUACUGCAACUGAAAGUAUAGAAGCGUUAAACGCUGCAGAGUUAAAAUUUCAAGAUAUAAUAAACUCUCCAUCAGUAGAUGCUGCUUGUCGGAAAAUUGAUAAUUUGGCGGAGAAAAAUGAACUCGAUUCUGCACUGGUUCUUAUGAUUACAAAAGCUUGGUCAGCUGCCAAAGAAUCGAACAUGAUGAAAGACGAGGUGAAAGAUGUACUGUAUCAUUUAUAUAAAACAUCGAGAGGUAAUCUUCAGAGGCUUAUGCCGAAAGAAAUCAGGAUACUCAAGUACUUGCUCACAAUUGAAGACCCCGAAGAGCACAUGAGUGCGUUAAAUGACGCUUUUACCCCUGGAGAAGAACUUGAAGGAAUGGAUGUCGACUGCCUUUACACGACACCCGAGCAGUUACAUACGUGGAUUAGGACUAUAAUAGAUGCAUACCAAUUCAGCAGAGAGGGCACUCUCGUACGAGAAGCCCGUGAUUUAAUGAAUCCCAAAAUUAUCGAAAAACUUGAAGUUUUGAAAAAGAAGAUCCAGGAUAACUUCAUGUGAGCUGAAUAUUCCGAGUUUCUCUAAUUCUCGUUUGCUCGGUUAUUGGGAUUGUUCCGGAUAAAGAAGAAAAGUAGUUAACGAACUUAUUAGGGUAUUUGGUAUAUAAAAAGUGUUGUAUAGUACUUCGACAAAUCCAUUUAAUUUAAAUGUUUUGAUUCCAUAUGACCGUGGAUGAUUCGGAAAUUCAUCGAUUGUGCGAUCAAGUUUCGUUGAUUGUAAGAUUUUAAUUCGAAUUUUGGUUUUACUUUUCGUAUUUCAUAUUUGUAACUUGGGGCUUGCUUUAUUAACCCGGUCCUGCAGAUUUUCGUUUGAAUCUUGUUCUUGUUAAAGGGAUUCGGAACAUUAA